GUAGAAUCGACAAAUAAGAAGGAAAAUAAAAAAUAAAGAAAAACAUGUCUUCUUGAUUGAUUUCUUUGUUCUUGGCAGUUCAUCUUGUUGCGCUGAAGGUUUUCUUGCAAGGAGAAAUGUAUUACGGUUUAAAAUGUUGGCAGUUGGCAGAUCUGCCUUCUCCUCCUGUAUGGACUGCUCUAAAAUGGAUCUCUGACGAUGAUGAUUUUAAGCCUCUGGAAGUCCUGCAUACGAAGAAAUGUGAGGAGUUGGCAGAUAUGCCCCCUGGUUCUUUUGCAGAUUUCGACAGGUUACCGAAGCUCUGGGAUGAUACGGAAAAGGAUAAUGAGAAUUUGCAUUGGGAACUUACCGAAAACGCCGAAACUUGCUUGGAUAGGUUCAAUCUGGCUUUCCUGUCAUUGAGAAAAUAUGAGACGUUGUUUCGUCCGCUUCCUGUAUUUGUAGUUCCAGACCAGUUAUCGAAGCUCCGUCCUUUGCCUUUCCCUACUUUCCUCAAAAGCAAUCCAGAAAAGGAUGAUGAGAAUUUGCCUAUGGAAGUUUCCAAAAAUGGGGUUGACACCAAAACUCGCAUGGAUAGGUUCAAUCUGGCUUUCCUGUCAUUGAGAAAAUAUGGGACGUUGUUUCGUCGGCGUCCUGUAUUUGUAGUUCCAGACCAGUUAUCGAAGCUCCGUCCUUUGCCUUUCCCUACUUUCCUCAAAAGCAAUCCAGAAAAGGAUGAUGAGAAUUUGCCUAUGGAAGUUUCCAAAAAUGGGGUUGACACCAAAACUCGCAUGCGUAGUAUUUUGGCGAACUUUGAACGGAAAAAUUGUGAUGCUGAGGUUGCUUUGAUCAGAAUGGCAUCGAAUACACUACUAAAAGAUAAGAAAAUUGAAGUUCCAGAGUCGCUUCUGGGAAAAAUAGAAAUUGCUGGAGCUUUAACAGGCAAAGACAUUCUUGAACAGAAAAAUGAUGGGAGCAACGUUGGAAUUCAGAUUGUAGUUGGGAAGCAGGAUCACGAGCCAUCCCCUCCAGAGUCUACUGGCAACUCUAAGUUCCAAAACGGAAGCGCCCAUUUGCUGUUAAUUGUAUCAACUGUGUUAGCAGCAGUGACCCUUCUCGGAGCAUUUCAGCCACCAGGAGCAUAUCAGCCACCAAGCUUUCCUCGAGUCAAAGACCUAAGCAAUAAUCCCAGCAGAAUGAUGCGUUUGUUCCUGUUCUUUAACUCCAUCGUCUUUUCACCUCAAUGGCCUUGAUCACAUUCCUUUUGCACAAUCUUCCAAUCCUUCCAUGGCUACUAAUCUCAGUAUCUUCUACAAUUGGGGCUUACAUGUGUGCGAUUAUAGCCAACUCUCCUCCUGACGUUGUGCCAGUACUCUUGAUUGGAACUUCCAUCUUUCUAGCUGCUUUCUUGCAUUGCGUGGCUCCGCAGCGCAAGUCAUUUAAUAAUCUCCAGUGGGUUUGCUCCAGAAUCCACAUAACAUAGAAAUCCAUUGCCAUAUCUGCACAAGCUGCAUGUGCAUGCUAAUAAACGUUAAUUAAAAGAAAUAAAACAAGAGUGACUCUAAGUCAGAGCAGUGUGUUUUGGCUUGUUCACUGUUGUUGGUAAGCUUGUCAUGCUUUUCAAUUUUAUUAUGUUUUCUGUUUAUUUCCAUGUAAAACUCAUAAUGCCCAUAUGCCAUGGGUAAUUAUCAAUAAAUAAUGGAACUGCUGCUGUUUUCAGACAA